AUGCCAAACAAGAAGAGCCACUCUCAGAGGAGAGUAAAAGAGGACCCCGAUCCUAUUGAACUACUAAAACGGACUGCAACGGCUAUUAAUAAAAACCCUAAAGCUUAUACUUCAGCCUUCCCUGCAAGCGGGUUCAAAACGCCAAAUGUAGACUCAAAGAGAUGGGCCGAGGUGGAGAAAAUCGGACAUACCGAUGAUAAGGCGUAUACUUAUAGGAACCCUGGAGAAACAUUAGCCGAAAAUGGCAUUUACGACAUAUAUUCCAAUAAGUGUGAUCCAUAUCCUGCUUGGAACCCAGUUGAGAGUGUGCCAAUAACUAGAGAAAAGAUAGAGUCGGUUUUUUUGCAAUUAACUGGCAUUUUUGGCUUUCAGUUCGAUAACACAAGAAACAUGUUUGAUUAUUUGAUGAGAUUGUUAGACUCAAGAGCAUCGAGAUUGGGACCAGCUCAAGCAUUGAGAUCGGUGCAUGCCGAUUAUAUAGGCGGAAUCAAUGCCAAUUUUCGAAAAUGGUACUUUGCCGCCCAAAUGGAUAUCGAUGACUUUGUUGGAUUCGAGAAUGUAAAGCAUGGCAAAAUUAAGGAUUCAAACGAACCUGUCCCUACUCUAGAAGCAGCCGAGGAGCAAUGGUCUAAUAACAUGCGAGAAUUGUCCCCGACCGAUGCAGUAACCCAGUUGGCAUUGUACUUACUUAUUUGGGGAGAAGCCAACAACGUUCGCUUUAUGCCCGAGUGUAUUUGCUUUAUAUUCAAAUGCUGCAACGAUUAUUACUUUUCCUUGGAUCCUCGUGCAUCUUCCGCAAGAGUAACGGAGAGUUUUUUGGAUCACAUUAUUACCCCUCUUUACAAGUUCUAUAGAGACCAGUCAUACGUCCUUGUUGAUGGCAAGUAUCACAGGCGCGAUAAAGAUCAUGAAUCCGUUAUUGGAUAUGACGAUAUGAACCAGCUUUUUUGGUAUAGCAAGGGACUCGAACGUUUGGUCUUAUCAGACAAAAAAACUAAAUUGAUGAGCCUUCAACCUGGCGACAGGUAUGCAAGGUUAAACGAAGUUUUAUGGCACAAGGCGUUCUACAAAACAUUUAAAGAAAAACGUAAUUGGUCUCACGUACUUGUUAAUUUCCAUCGAGUUUGGGUGAUUCAUUUAUCGAUGUUUUGGUUCUACAGUGUUUACAACUCUCCAACUUUGUACACCAGCAAUUAUCAACAAUCUUUGGAUAACCCACCAACUACACAGGCGAGAAUGUCGGCAUUGUCUCUUGCUGGAUCUGUUGCUUUGAUUAUCGAUUUGUUAGGGUUGAUAUUCGAAUUUACUUAUAUUCCUAGAAAAUGGGCUGGGGCGCAACCAAUCAUGCAAAGAGUUUUGCUUUUGUUGAUAUCGCUUUGCCUUAAUAUUGGACCAAGUAUUUAUUUUUUUGGGUUCACUCAGCUUACGGAUGAAACGCCUGUUGGGAUUGCAAUUGCAUCAUUACAAUUGGCUUUUUCCAUCUUUAUUGUUUGUUACUUAUCAAUAACUCCAUUGGGCAAAAUUUUUAUUAAAACUCCAAAGCGUGGUGAUCGAAGAUACUUGCCAAAACAAUCAUUCAUCACUAACUUCUACUUGCUCACAGAAACUGACAAAAUUGCAUCGUAUGGAUUGUGGUUUGCAAUCUUUGUUUCCAAAUUCUUGGAAUCAUACAUAUUCUUGACACUUUCCAUGAGAGAUCCCAUUCGUGAGUUGAGCACAAUGAGGGGAAUGAAUUGCGCAGGAGAAAAAUGGUUGGGAAAUUGGCUUUGUUCAAGACAGCCAUUCAUAGUAUUGGGCUUGAUCUACUUGACUAAUUUGGUUUUGUUUAUUUUGGAUACUUAUCUAUGGUACAUUAUCUGGAACACGGUUUUUUCAGUCUGCAGGUCCUUUUACAUUGGUGUGUCUAUUUGGACUCCAUGGAGAAACAUCUUUUCGAGAUUACCAAAGAGAAUUUUUUCCAAAAUUAUAUCAGUGUCGAAUGAGAAAAACAUCAAGACAAAACUGCUAGUUUCUCAAGUAUGGAACUCCAUUAUAAUUUCCAUGUAUCGAGAGCAUUUAAUCUCUCUUGAGCAUGUGCAGAAACUUAUUUAUAAGCUGAUUGAUACUCCGGGAGUUGAGGGGGGAUCUAUCUUAAAAGAACCCAUCUUUUUUGUAUCUCAAGAAGAUCAAUCAAUCAAGUCAUCAUUAUUUAAAAGCCAAUCGGAAGCUCAAAGACGUAUUACUUUUUUUGCCCAGUCAUUGUCGACACCUAUGCCUGAAGUCGGACCAGUACACCUAAUGCCGUCGUUCUCGGUCUUGAUUCCACACUAUAGCGAGAAAAUCACCUUGUCGUUACGAGAAAUAAUUAGGGAGGAAGAGCAAUACUCACACGUGACAAUGCUUGAAUAUUUGAAGCAAUUGCAUCCAUUAGAAUGGAGUUGUUUUGUUAAGGACACCAAAAUGCUUGCAGAAGAGUUUGAAUCUGAUUCAACUUCAGCGGAAUUUAACAAGGAGAAACUUGACGACUUGCAGUACUAUUCAGUAGGUUUCAAAGUGGCUACUCCGGAGUAUAUUCUCAGGACACGCAUUUGGGCUUCAUUGAGAUCCCAAACAUUAUACAGAACUAUUUCCGGAUUCAUGAAUUAUGUCAGAGCAAUAAAACUACUAUUUGACGUGGAAAACCCGGAUCUGAGUAUUUUUGGUGGCGACGACGACAAGCUUGAACAAGCGGCAAUCAUGGCUCAUCGAAAGUUUAGAAUCAUUACUUCCAUGCAAAGGAUGAAGUAUUUUACUGCUGAAGAAAAAGAGAAUACGGAAUUUUUAUUGAGAGCAUAUCCCGAACUUCAAAUUAGCUGCCUUGAUGAAGAAGUUGACGAGAAAACCGGAGAAGUGACAUAUUAUUCGGUAUUGAUAGAUGGUAGUUGCUCAUUCUUGGAAAAUGGAGAACGCGAACCUAAAUAUAGAAUUAAACUUUCUGGAAAUCCAAUACUCGGGGAUGGGAAAUCGGAUAAUCAAAACCAUUCUUUGAUAUUUUGCCGUGGGGAAUACAUUCAAUUAGUGGAUGCUAAUCAAGAUAACUAUUUGGAAGAGUGUCUUAAGAUAAGAAGUGUAUUGGCAGAGUUUGAAGAAGCUACUUUCCCAAUAGAUCCAUAUGCCAGUGACUUGGAAAAGUUGGAUGUAUCCUACCCAGUUGCCAUUAUUGGAACAAGGGAGUACAUAUUCUCAGAAAAUAUAGGAAUCCUUGGAGAUGUUGCUGCUGGAAAGGAGCAAACGUUUGGUACCUUGUUUGCAAGAACUUUGGCUCACAUUGGGGGUAAGCUUCAUUACGGGCACCCUGAUUUUUUGAAUGGAAUUUUUAUGACCACUCGAGGAGGGGUUUCCAAAGCACAAAAGGGUUUACAUUUGAAUGAAGAUAUCUAUGCUGGAAUGAAUGUUCUUCUUCGUGGAGGAAGAAUCAAGCAUUGUGAGUAUAUGCAAUGUGGUAAAGGUAGGGAUUUAGGCUUUGGUUCAAUUUUAAAUUUCACAACAAAAAUUGGAGCUGGAAUGGGAGAACAAAUGCUUUCGCGUGAAUACUUUUAUUUGGGGACUCAACUCCCCUUGGACAGAUUCUUGUCAUUUUACUAUGCUCAUCCAGGGUUUCACUUGAAUAACGUAUUCAUCAUUAUUUCGAUUCAAUUAUUUUUACUCGUUAGUGCAAAUCUUGCGGCUUUGAGCAAGGAAAGCGUUAUAUGUGAAUAUGAUAAGUUUAGACCUAUUACUGACCCAAAGAGACCAGCUGGAUGUUACAACUUGAUACCCGUAAUCCAUUGGUUGCAGAGAUGUAUAUUUUCCAUCUUUAUUGUGUUUGCCAUUUCAUUUGUUCCCUUGGGAGUUCAAGAACUUACGGAGAGGGGGUUCUACAAGGCCGUUUCGCGACUUGGCAAACAAUUUGCAUCCUUCUCACCAUUAUUUGAAGUUUUUGUUUGUAAGAUAUAUGGGUAUUCAUUGGCUAGUGACAUCUCGAUUGGAGGUGCUAGAUACCUUGCAACUGGAAGAGGGUUUGCCACAAUCAGAGUGCCAUUUGCAACUCUUUACUCAAGAUUUGCAAGUGAAAGCCUUUAUUAUGGUGCAAUUUGCGGUUUGUUGAUCUUUUAUUGCUCAGUAUCGAUGAGGAGCAGAAUUGUUGGUGUCAAGAGCAAACGAUUUAGUGUUAAUGAAGAAAUUAAAGCAGUGAGUGAAGUGAAGCCAUCCAGGCUCAAGCUCGUCAUAUCGGAAUCGUUGUUACAAGUAACAAUUAUUGUAUUAGUUGCUUUUCCAUAUCUAUUUGCAAACUCGCAAAAUGAUUCUCGUGGAGCGCGUCCUGUUAACGGCUUUUUGAGAAUUAUAAUUGUAAGCUUUGGUCCAAUGGCUGUAAAUUUUGUUGUUUUACUUGUUUGCUUUGUUGUUUCCAUAAUCACGGGUCCCGUCUUGACAUUAUGUUGCAAAAGGUAUCCAUCGCUCAUUGCUUCCAUUGCCCACACAUUGUCUGUCAUAAAUCAUUGGGUGACGGCUGGUUUGGGGUGGUACGUUAUCACACAACCGCUUCGGGAGUUUAUUUGUAAAUUGACCGAAAUGUCUUACUUUGCUGGUGAUUUGGUGGCUGCCCAUAUAAUUUUGUAUGCACAAGUACCGGUGUUACUUAUUCCGUAUGCUGAUAAAUGGCAUACUCUAAUGUUAUUCUGGUUGAAACCUGGCAAUCAAAUUCGGCCAAGAAUCUUAUCGAAACGCCAGAAGAAGAGAAGACGGGUUCAAGCAAUAUUGUACAUGAUUGUGUUUAUUGGAAGCAUGCUUUUGUUUUCAUCUAUGUUUAUUGUUCCACUACUUGCUACUGAGUACUUCCAUUUAGAUAUUUCUCGUUAUAUGCCAGUUUGGAUUGAGGUACAGCCAACAGUGGCCUCAUCUUACAAUAAGGGAUUACUACCAAACUUGGAGGUUAAGCAUUACUAA